UUGUCACGACUUGAAGAGCUCUCAAACGCCAUUGAAAGGGAAGAACCUAGUGAAGAGGAAAUUACACAGAAUUUAUCUGCACUUCUUAACUCUAUUGGUGAUAAAUUGCACCAGCAUGAGUCACUACAACAGCACUUAAUGAUAUAUAGGCUUAACGUCAUACAGACAAAUAUUAAGGACAAACUUACGGAUGGUAGUAAAUUCAUCACUGGAACAAUUAGCGAGUUAUACAACAAGGCACUGGAUACAGUAGGAACAAUCAUCACUAAACUGACCAAAGAGAUUGGAGUCAAAUAUUCAGAGUCAAAUAUGUGUCUCCAAAAAGAGUUUGGCCUUAAAACCGAUAGUCCAAAGGGAUGUUUGAGUUGCAACCAUAUGAAGAGCUCAAUGUCUUGGAUUCAGGUUGAACCCUCCGUGUCUACAGAGGAUGAGACCACUGUCUACACACUUGACUCUUCCGCAGCAGGGCAUUAUGAGUGCAGCUUAUCAGGGCUGCGGUGGGUAUGUGAGAGCAAAGUCAGCCUGCGAUAUCAGUUUAGCUCCUGGGAGCUUCACAGGACCACUCUGAAAAAAAUGCGGUUGGAAGAAGGAGGUCCAUUAAUGGACAUCACAAUGAUUUCUGGCAAACUAGAAGAAAUUCAUCUGCCACACUUUGUCUGUAUAGAGCCAGACUACCCACAAUCCUCCUUGAGAGAGGAAAUGAAGGUUCUACAUGUGAAAGACAACAGAGUGCUUGUGGAAGAGGUGGAUGAGGUGACGUGGUUCCAUGCCAAACUGCUUCAUCCCUCUUUCUCUGGCAGGGGUUUGGUACUGAGACGUGGGUUGCGUUGGAGAGUGCACUGUGACAUUCUGAUCUUUAGGUCCACCAGAGCAUUGCUUACCUUACACACCUAUCUGAUCCAAUGUGAUCCUUCUCUAGCACGGGAGGUGGAGGCACAGGAGAAGUCAUAUGGAUUCUUAAGACUUCCAAAGCCAAAGCCGGAGAAGUCUGUUCGGAAGGGGAGUCGCUUCACCCUCAAGACCUCGUGUCGAUCCUCGAUUACGCCUGAAGAGAUGAAGCUGAGAAGCACCAUGCCAAACUACUUUGAAGUGUACAUAAAGGACGCUGCGAUGGACUUUGAGAUGGAGUUGAUAAGUGAGAACGGAGAAUCUGCAUGGAAAGCUGAAAUACGAACAGAUGAAUACAGAGAUGAUACAUCCACAAGAGACAUUGAGUUUGUAGAUGAAUUCAGACCACAGCUCAUUCAAAGAGUCAAUAAUGUGUCUGCCAUAGCAGAUAUUCUCUUCACAAAGGGCAUGAUCAGUGAAGAGAUCAAUGCAAAUAUCAGCGCCGCAAAGACCCGCCAGGCCAAGAUGAGAGUGAUAUACGAGGCACUGAAUUCAGGUGGACCACAAGUGAAAGGUGCAUUCUUUACUGCACUCAAAGAAAAGGAAACGUUUUUAGUGAAAGACUUGGAUAAAUAACACCUUAUCGCUCAAUCUCUAACACACCUCUACUAGACCAUUCUUACUUGAUUAAUACUUUAUUUAGCAUGCUCCCCCUCAGUCAAGCAGGACGGAGGCAAGAAGAGGUGUGAUAAGGAGAACUAUGAAAGAAGAUACUUUUCAGGUGUCAAGAAUAGCAGCCCAGUUUUCUGUGACAUUUUAGUGACAGAGGGCAGAAGUAGGAUGUAGGAAGUAGGAACGCCCCACUUGCAUAAAACCACACACACACACUCAUGAACAGGUUUCACUUUCACUCACACAUGGAGCACAAAGAAGAAUGAACGUUGAGAGAGAAUUGACAUCGAUUAAAGAGAAGAAGAAAUGAACUGGGACUGGAAUUUAUCAAGAUAAUAAUUAAAGGUUAAAUAUGUUAAAUGUUAAAGGAUGAAAACAUUGGGAAAUACACAGUGGGAGAUAAUAAAGGAUGAUUAAAGAAA